UUAAAAACAUUUUUUUUCCUUUAAUGAGAACAAACCUUCGAACUUGAACAAGCAAAGUAUAUUCUCACUCACUGUAAUACUGUAUGACCUUUUUUUGAUAACCCCAAGUACUUAUUUUUAAUUGUAUCUCUACGUUCCAUUUCCCACCUUUUCCAGCUUUGAUUGCAUCAUUUUGGACUGAAAUAUGUGUGUGAGAGAGAGAUACUUCUUUGAAUGAUUGAAAGAGAAAAGAAAAGCUAAUGGUAUUGUUAGCAACUGUUAUGUACAUAGGGGAAGAAGACUGAAUGUGAAUGUGUAAUUUUCACUGCCUUCAAUCUUCUCCUUUUGCAGGGAUAAGGUGUUUGAGCAACAAAAAGUUUUCUCAGAUUUACGGAAGAAUAUAGAAACAAUGGAGGAAAAUAGUGUAACCAGUCUUAGGACACAGGUUAAUCUUGGCUCUGAAGUAUACAUGCAAGCUGAUGUGCCAGACACUACACGCAUAUUUGUAGAUAUUGGACUAGGAUUUCAUGCAGAGUUCACGUGGUCCGAAGCCUUAAAUUAUAUAACUUUAAGGGAGGAAAGAUUAUCCAAGCAAGUUGAAGAGUAUACUCACCUUAUUGCAUCAAUUAAAGCCCAGAUAAAAUUGGCAUGCCAAGGAAUAAGGGAGUUGCUCCAACUUCCAGCAGAGAAACCCUUACCCCAGCGUAUCCUAACUUUUGAUUGUAAAGUUAAGGUUAUGACAAGUUUUAUACAGUUCACAUAAUGCACUCAAAAAUCCAUAUGGUACAUAAUUACAGAAGCUUUGUUACCAGGUUCUGAUAUAUGUAUAUUUCUUUAUGAAAUCAGUUUCAAAAUAAUGAGGAAAACCAGUUUUAAUCAAUGACUUAAAAAGAUUAAACAUUCCUCUAUACAACUUAGCAUUUUUAUUUAUAAUAAAAUACAGUACAACACAGUUCCUUUACUUUACAUGUAGAGAGUUAUUAAAACAUAAAAAACUAUCUCGUGCCUGCAAUUAAACCAUAGGAAGAGAUGAAGGUCACAUGUCCACGAGUGACCUCCUCCCAAGUUUAUUCAUAGCCCUCACCUAAUUAUGGUCGAGGAAAAUCGUGGUUACAUACCCACCAGUGACCUAACUAUUCAUAGCCCUAAACAUCAUAAAUUAUAAAGAAAACCAGAUAAUAUAAGUACACAAAAUACCCACAAGGACACAAAUACCAAAACAACCAAAUUAUAAUCCAACAUGAACAUUACUUGUUUCAGGUUGUGAAAUCUCCUCUAUCAUCUGCAAUACUAGUCUCUGCAUUAGAGGAAAAUUGAAGGUAAAAGAUAUGCAUAUGAUUAAGUGGUGAAAGAAUUGUGAAGCUAUUGAUCGAAAUAAACAAAUUAUUAAACAGUAAAGCCAAACAAAAUAAACUCCCUUGAAGUAAAAAUGCAAUUGUUGUAUGGAUAAUAGAUAAAAUUAUAAACCAUAAUGUAUAUAUUUUAUUGUGGAAAAGAACUUCUGCAUAUUUUGGAUAUCCCAGAAGUAAUUUUCAAGAAAAUGUUACAUAAAGAAAAAAUGUAAACUGUUUGUAAACUCACCUGAUAAUUUAUAACAUCUUUCAUUGAUUGAAUAACAGACGAAAAACAAGAGUCUUCGGUAAACCCUAGGCCAUGCUCUAUACAAUUACACGGUGGUUGUUGAUUAGAAAAUACAUACCAAACUGGACAUUGGGUAUGUGACUAAUGUUGGCCCAAUACUCUUCAUUCCCACUCUCCUCUGGGUCAUAUUUUUUCUUCACCAGAGGACAAUCAUCUAUCUCUAAAGAGGUGAGGGAGGUUGGGAACCCUUCUCCUGACAAUGUCUCCAACUCAGGGCAGUCCAAGAUCUCAAGUGUUUUCAAGGAGGUGAGUUGUCUAAGUCCAUUUUUGUCCAGGCUUCUAAGUUUCGCAAAUGACAUAAUACUAAGAGAGGUAAUAGUGGUUGGCAGCAGCCCUUCCUCCGAAAAUGGUUCCAUAUCUUCUUUAUUACCAAAAUAUGAAGAAUGGUAAGAUGGGGUAGUGUUUGCCAAUUCCAUUUCAUCCUCAAUAAUACAUCAUAGGAUAUUCGAAGUCUUGACAAACUAACAGGAAGACUACCUUCAUCUUCAGGAAAAGGCUCCAUCAACGGACAAUCUAUGACUUCAAAAUCAUUCAAAGCUGAGAGGGAAGUCAUCUUUUAAGGCAACCACUUCAAUUUAAGGCAAUAAUUAAUGACAAACUCAAUCAGCUUCGGAGCAAUAAGUCCACCAUUUGGGAAUGAUACAAAACUACCACAAUGCUCGAUAUGUAAAUAUGUUAGUUCCUCAAGAGAUUUCCCAUCAGACAUUGAAAGAGCUUCAAAAUAGUGGUUGUUACCAAUUGAAAGAGUUUUGAGAUUGGGGAAUAAAUCCAUAUUGAGGGAUCUAAACGAUGAUCCACAAGACAACAAUUGAAGCUUCUGAAGAGGAGGGUAGAGUGGAGGGAGAGUGGAAGAAACAUCCAUUACCAAAUUCGCUAGGUGAUGACUACUCAUUUUCCUGAUACAUGAUCUUGGGAGACUUAAUAAUUCACAUUUCUUGUCUCCUUCAAUUCUAAUAUCCGCUAAUGAAGGAAAGAAGCGAGGCAAAUCUCCAACAAGCUUCGGACAAUUGAAAAUUUCAAGUGUUUUGAGCUUCUUAUAUGUCGUUGCCUCUUCAGUUUGCAUUGAAUGCCAUUGCUCCCAUGAUGGCAUGUUCUCAAAUCUCAAUGUUUCCAAUGAUGAAAAUGGCUUCUUGACAGAACUAUUCCCAUAAAACUCAGCUCCCACCAUCACUACUUAAUUGAAUCUUGAAAUGUAAAGAUCUUUUAGCAAAGAAAGUUGCCCAAAGGGUGGUAAAAUGGAACAACGCUCACAACCAUCAACCCUUACUUCAACAAUGUUGCUAAACAAAUCAUUCCCAACCCAAUUCGGAAAUUUUGAGCCUGGGUAAUUAAGAAUUUUGAGUUGCUUCAACAUUGUGUUUGGUGAAAGGAUUUUGAGCACACCCUCUCCAUGUUUUGGAUCAACAACAACAUCAUUAAAACUCCAUGCCAAACACGAUUUCUCAAGUUGCUUCUUAUCCAAUACAUUAACUUGAUCUGAUGCUUUUGUAAUAAUGACCACAUUUUCUAACUUCAUGAUGGAAAGCUCCCCAUGUAGACUUUGAAGUUCUACUAACUCUUCUAUUUUAGCACCACUAUUCUUUCCCACAACAAAAGUUGUCAACAUUUGGAGAUUUCUUAAUUUACAUAUUUGGCUUGGCAUCUCAACUAGGCUACCUCCACUAACAACGAGAUGUCUUAAAUUAAUGAGAUGAUGCAUAUCUUUAUGCAAAGUUUCAAGUUGAUCACAAUCUUCUAAUUUCAACGUUUGCAAAUUGUACAAUUUAGUUACAGAUUUGGGCAACCUCACAAUCUUGGUGCCAGAAAUAUCUAAAUAGCGAAGAUGUUUUAGUUCACCGAUUAAAUCAGAUAACUCAGUUAUAUGAAGGCCACGAAAAGAUAAUACUCUCAAAUAUUUCAACAUCGAUAGCAGAUUCUGCACUACUUCCUUAGAAAAAUUGAUUUCAGAAUAUCUUGAAUCAAAUGUUAAAAAGGUUCGCAAACGAGUAGUUUCAAAAUCAUAAUUAGAUAUUUUGUUAUCAAUAUAAAUUUUCAUGUCACAUCCAAGGUGACGUGUCUUCUUCUCAAGCCUAUCAAUGUCAUCAUUUUCCUCUAACAAACAAUUAUAUUUUUCAGAAAUAGUUCUAGCCAAAUCAACCAUAAGAUCAUGCAUGACAAAAAUGAAUUUACCUGUCUUGGUGAAGAGAAUAGUAAAUUAAAGUAUAGCAACAUGACACUAAACAAGUACCAUUUCAACUUAAGAGAAUAGUAAAUUAAAGAGGCAUAGAAAAUUUAAAAGUUGAACUUUUUCUCAACUCUGAUUCCAUGCUCCGAAAUACCAAGAUUCCAUACUUGGUUUAGACUCGAAAUGUAAUUGAUCUAAUUCAAUCCAAUUCAAUCGACUAUACAAAACCAAAGAGAAUUACACCAUCAAACAUCUCAAAAGAUUUUGUAACAGUAACUAAUUGUUCAGAAAAUUAAAUAGGAUUUUUGUAAACAAUCCAUGCACAAAUCUUCCUCUUCAUUAUAGAGUCGACCAUAGGAAGAGAUGAAGGUCACAUGACAUGUCCACCGAGUGACCUAUUUCCCAAGUUUAUUCAUAGCCCUCACUGCCGAGGAAAAUCGUGGUUACAAGCUAAAAUAUGUAGGAAAAACGAAACAAGUCUAAACCCACAAAUACAAAAACAACAAAAUUACAUUCUAACACAAACAUUGCUUGUUUCAUGUUGUGGAAGCCAUCUCUUUGCAUAAGGUUUCAACCAACAAUGAAAAAUUUACCAUUGAAAGAGUUAAAAGUAGUGAAUACUAUGCAAACAUACUGAGAUACUAAAACACACAUAUCUGUGUAAUCAUAUCUAUUUUCAAAAAGUAAGAGACCAAAAACAGGGGACUUAUGAGCUAUUUCACUAGUCAUUCCAUUCUCAUCAAAAGCUUGUCAAAACAAAUUGGAGCAAUAUAAUUAUAUAUACCUAUAUAUAUUAUAAUUUCUCAUAUCUAGUACUUUUAAAAAUUAGGUUGUACAUUAAGUAACAUGACAGCAACAUGGGUUUUUAGAGCAAAGCAUUUCGAAGACCUAUCCUUUCUAGACCUGAGCAGAGAAUGGAGAGUCUUGUUGUAACCUUGCUUCUGCAUUGUAAUUCCUUGUAUUUUUCUGUAUUUCGUUUUGAUUUUGUUUUGUUUGUUUUAUUCUUUUCUGCUUUUUGUACUUUCUCUGUCUCUUGUUUAAGCGGCUUUCCUCCGCCUUAAGUGAGGGCAUUAAUCUAUAGAAGAGGGUGAUCAGUCUAAGACAAUGAUCUCUCCUCUUUUUU